UAGAUGUGGAUUGUUGCGAAUCUUCCUGUUGUGUGUUGGAUAUAUAUGAAUGUGCUGGAGAAUAUACAGGACGUGAUAAGGAUGCGGUUGUUGGUGAUUGUGCCUUUCUUCGCUUCCUACUUUUCUUAGUAGUAGCUGGAACUAUUUCGAAUUCUUCUGCUUUAUCUAAAGAAUCGUUAUCAUCUUCUGGAGGAAUAAAGGCAGUCUUAAGAUAA